GAUGGCUAGCGUCUUCUUCUCGCCGCCGUCGCCACCGGCGCCAUCGCCAAGUAAGCUCAGAUUUCUUCAAGGAAAUGCUGCUCGUCGCUUCCCGGCUGGGAAUCUCCAUCUCCACGCUAGAAAUACGAGGCGGCGAUCCGGCGUGGUGGCCAGCGCUGCCGAUCUGCGAGAAAAGGUCGUGGGGAUCGAUUUGGGGACCACGAAUUCCGCGGUUGCGGCGAUGGAGGGUGGCAAGCCGACGAUCAUCACAAACUCUGAGGGGCAGCGCACCACUCCCUCGGUGGUGGCUUUCACGAAGAAUGGGGAGAAGCUCGUCGGCCAGAUCGCCAAGCGCCAGGCCGUGUUUAAUCCCUCCAACACCAUCUCCUCGGUGAAGAGAUUUAUCGGCAGGAAGAUGGCCGAGGUUGACGAGGAGUCCAAGCAGGUCUCCUAUGCUGUCGUGAGCGAUGAGAAUGGAAAUGUGAAGCUCCACUGCCCUGCCGCUGGCAAAACCUUCGCUGCCGAGGAAAUCUCAGCUCAGGUGUUGAGAAAGCUUGUGGACGAUGCUUGCAACUUUUUCAACGACAAAGUGAGCAAGGCUGUGAUCACAGUUCCUGCGUAUUUCAACGACGCACAGAGAACUGCCACGGUCGACGCCGGAAGGAUUGCCGGACUAGAGGUUCUUCGUAUUAUCAACGAGCCUACGGCGGCGUCUCUGGCUUAUGGUUUCGACAAGAAAGCCAACGAGACCAUCUUGGUUUUCGAUCUGGGGGGUGGUACAUUUGAUGUUUCAGUGCUGGAAGUUGGUGAUGGCGUUUUUGAAGUCCUGUCGACAUCAGGAGACACGCACUUGGGUGGAGACGAUUUUGACAAGAGAAUUGUUGACUGGCUAGCGUCCAACUUCAAGAAAGACGAAGGAAUCGAUCUUCUCAAGGACAAGCAAGCACUUCAAAGGCUGACAGAGACUGCAGAGAAGAUCAAGAUAGAGCUUUCGUUACUCACUCAGACAAGCAUCAGCCUGCCAUUUAUUACUGCCACUUCAGAUGGUCCUAAGCACAUUGACACGACGAUUACUCGGGCUAAGUUUGAGGAACUGUGUUCUGAUCUUCUAGACAGGUGCUGCACACCAGUCGAAAACGCGCUUAAGGAUGCAAAGCUGGAAUUUAAAGACAUCAACGAGGUGAUUCUCGUUGGUGGCUCCACUCGCAUUCCUGCUGUUCAGGAGGUUGUCAAGAGGCUGACGGGGAAAACUCCCAACUUAAGUGUCAACCCGGAUGAAGUGGUCGCCUUGGGAGCUGCAGUUCAGGCUGGCAUUCUGGCUGGCGAAGUCAGCAAGGUGGUGCUACUGGACGUGACCUCACUGUCGCUGGGUCUGGAAACUCUGGGUGGUGUCAUGACAAAGGUCAUCCCUCGCAACACGACGCGUCCGGCAACCAAGUCGGAGGUUUUCUCCACGGCCGCAGACAACCAGACGAGCGUAGAGAUCAAUGUUCUCCAGGGAGAGCGAGAGUUUGUCAAGGACAAUAAGUCCCUGGGAAGCUUCAGGCUGGAAGGCAUUCCCCCAGCACCGAGGGGAGUACCACAGAUAGAGGUCCGCUUUGACAUCGAUGCCAAUGGUAUUCUCUCGGUGAGCGCUACCGAGAAAGGAACUGGAAAGAAGCAGGACAUCACCAUCACCGGAGCUAGCACUCUAUCUCAGGAUGAGGUGGAGAGAAUGGUCCAGGAGGCUGAGAGGUUUCGCGCAGAGGACGAAAAGAAGAGGGGAGACGUGGAUGCCAGGAACGAAGCCGAAUCUCUGGUGUAUCAAACCGAGAAGCAGGUCGAGGAACUGGGAGGCAAAGUCCCGGCUGAUGUGAAGAGCAAGGUGGAAGAUAAAGUGAAAGCGUUGAAAGUGGAGAUGUCGAGCGGUGACACUCGCAAGAUCAAGGACGCCAUAGCCGCAUUGAGGCAGGAAGCGAUGCAAAUUGGCCAGAGCUUGUAUAGCCAAGCUGGAACGAAAGAAGCGAAGGAAACGAAGGGAACGAAAGAAACCAAAGAUGGUAGCGAUGGUGAUGAAGUCAUUGACGCGGAUUUUAGCUCGUAGUGUCGAAGAGAUUGUCCAAGAGCAUAGGAAAUGGAAGCAUGAAAUCUAUAGUUUAUAGAAA